AUGGCGAUGCUCUUGGUGGGGUUCAAGGUACUGUUGAUGAUCUUUCCUAUGGUGUUGAAGCCGGACUCGUGUGUAGAUUGCCGAGAGGAUCCCGGAGUCACGCAGAUCCCAAGAAAGCCAAGAUUAUGCCUUAAUUGCGAUGCAACACUCAAAUGUUCUUGUAAUACGUAG